CCCUCCCCGCAGGGCGCAACUGGCACGUCGGGAUCCAACCCGCUGUCGCGCAAGCUCCGCAAAGUGCUGGAGACGCGGCUGGAGGCGGACAAGGAAAUGUUAGAAGCUCUGAAGGCUCUUUCAGUCUUUUUUGUAGAAAACAGUUUGCGUACCAGAAGAAAUCUCCGUGGGGAUAUUGAACAUCGCAGCUUAGCCAUAAAUGAAGAAUUUGUCUGCAUUUUCAAGCAAGUGAAGGAGGAGCUUGAAAGCAUUAAUGAAGAUGUACAAAUUAUGAAUAACUGCUGCCAGGAAAUGACCAGUCACUUGAAGGCAGCCAAGGAGCAAACCCAGGACUUAAUAGUCAAGACAACUAAGCUUCAAGCAGAGAGCCAGAGAUUAGAAUUGAAAGCACAGGUGGCAGAUGCUUUCAUAGCAGAAUUCCAGCUUUCUCCAGAAGAGAUGAGCAUCCUUCGAGGUGCAAGGGACGGGCCUAUUACAGAGGGUUUUUUCAAAGUGUUAGGAAGAGUAAAGCAAAUUCACAACGAUGUCAAGAUUCUUCUGCGUACAAACCAGCAGAGAUCAGGCCUGGAAAUUAUGGAACAGAUGGCUUUGCUCCAAGAGACAUCUUACGAGCAGCUUUACCGAUGGGCUCAAGGCGAAUGCAGAACUUUAACACAAGAAUCAUGUGAUGUUUCUCCAGUUUUGGCCCAAGCAAUGGAAGCUUUACAAGACAGACCUGUUCUCUACAAAUAUACCCUUGAUGAAUUUGGAACUGCCAGACGAAGUGCCGUAGUCCGGGGCUUUAUAGAUGCUCUUACUAGAGGUGGUCCAGGAGGUACUCCCAGGCCUAUUGAAAUGCAUUCCCAUGAUCCUUUGAGGUAUGUAGGAGACAUAUUGGCCUGGCUGCAUCAAGCUACCGCUUCUGAAAAAGAGCACCUGGAAGCCAUGUUAAAACUUGUAACUGCUGAAGGUGUGGAAGAAACUAUGCAAGAAGUAGUUGGACACAUCACAGAGGGUGUUUGCCGGCCUCUUAAGGUGAGAAUUGAACAGGUGAUUGUGGCUGAACCAGGAGCAGUCCUGCUAUAUAAAAUUUCUAACCUUCUCAAAUUCUACCACCACACCAUCAGUAAUAUUGUGGGAAACAGUGCAGCCAUGCUGUUAACAACGAUCGAAGAGAUGCACCUGUUGAGUAAAAAGAUAUUCUUCAACAGCUUGAGCCUACAUGCCAGCAAAUUGAUGGAUAAGAUUGAGCUCCCCCCUGCUGAUCUCGGCCCAAGCUCUGCGCUGAAUCAAACACUCAUUCUGCUGCGUGAGAUCCUCACAUCCCACGAUUCCUGCAUGGUCCCAGUGGAUACUCGACAAGCCGACUUUGUACAGGUUCUGUCCUGUGUGCUGGACCCUCUGCUGCAGGUGUGCACCAUGUCUGCCAGUAACUUGGGGUCUGCAGACAUGGCGACCUUCAUGGUGAAUUCCCUUCAUAUGAUGAAGACGACUCUGGCCCUGUUUGAAUUUACCGACAAACGACUAGAGAUGUUACAGUACCAGAUCGAAGCACAUUUGGAUACACUUAUAAAUGAACAAGCCGCCUUUGUUUUAACAAGAACAGGCCUAAGUUACAUCUACAGUGUUGUACAGCAACACAAACCAGAGCAGGGCCCCUUAGCAAAUGUACCCAGUAUGGAUUCCACAUCACUAAAAGCUGCAAUGGUUCAGUUCGAUCGUUAUCUGUCUGCUCCUGACAGUCUGUUAAUGUCACAAAUAAACUUCCUUCUAAGUGCUUCUGUUAAACAGCAGAUCAUAAAACAGUCCACGGAGCUGGUCUGCAGAGCCUACAGUGAAGUGUAUUCAGCUGUGAUGCAUCCAGACAAUGAAUAUAAAGAUCCUGAAACAAUAUUACAAAGAUCUCCCCAUCAAGUUCAAGCACUGCUGUCCUAAGCUUACCAGCCACAAAAUUUGUCCUUUGGGUUUUCUCAAU